UCAUCCCCGCCUGUGGAACCCAAUGAAAGCGGCAGCCUUUCCGACUUUAGGAGCCCACCUGAGAGCAGAGGCACAGGGAGUGGCGUGGGCACGGGCAUGGAAACAGGCACAGGGGUAGAAGCAGGAGCAGGAGCAGAGACAGCCGACCGUGCCGAACUGCUCCCCGGGCUGCCCGUGAAAGGUUUUUACUCUGGGUCUAGCGACGGGUCGGGGUAUUUACCGAGUGCUGCGAGCAGCAGUACAGGGGACGACGGGAGUGAGGUUCUGGGGGAUUUGUUUAUGUGGGGAGAAGGGCUGGGGGAUGGGGCGUUAGGCGGGGGCGGAUUGCGGAAACGUGGGACGAGUAGCGCAAUUCCGAUCCCCGGAUUUGAUUCAGUGGUGCCGAAACAGUUGGAUUCUGGAGUGGUGCUGGAUGUGAGCCACGUGGCAUGUGGGGAGGGGCAUGCAGCGCUGGUGACGAGGCGAGGGGAGGUGUUCUGCUGGGGGGAGGAGGGAGGGGGGAGGCUGGGACAGGGGCGUGAGAGAGACUUGGAACACCCGAAGCUGGUAGAGGGGCUGGAUGGUAUCCCCAUGGAUGAGGUCUCCUGCGGCAGUUUCGUCACACUCGCUCUCUCAAGAGCAGGGGAGGCGUUUCUCUGGGGGGACGGCCGAAGGGGCAGGGGCCUUCUGGGGGAGGGCGGAUACGAGGACAUGCCUCAGUGGGUGCCCAGGCGCAUGGGGGGAGCCCUGGACGGGUUGUAUCUGGUGCAGGUGGCAUGUGGGCCGUGGCACGUGGCGGCUGUAGCGGCUACAGGCCAGCUGUUCACGUUUGGAGAUGGGACAUUUGGAGCGCUGGGGCAUGGGAACUGCGACAUUGUGUCAUCCCCCAAGGAAGUAGAGUCCCUUCGAGGCAUGCGGGUGUCCCGCGUUGCCUGUGGCGUGUGGCACACAGCAGCAGUCGUGCACGCCCCUAGCACUGCAGGCACCCAUCCGAGCACUGCAAGCUCAGGCGCCACUACAGCAAGCGACGGUGCAGCAACAUCCUCAGCAGUAACGAGUGAAGGCGAUUCCGCAGCAGCAGGCGCAGCAGUAGCAGCAGGGGGGGCAGGAGCGGGAGCAGGGGGGGCAGUGGGAAUAGGGGGAGGUACAAAAGCAGGGGGAUUAGCUGGGGUAGGCUUAGCAGGGGGCGUGACAGCAGGGGGGGUAGCCGGGCCGUUUGAAGGCGGAAGGCUGUACACAUGGGGUGAUGGAGAUAGGUUCAAGCUGGGGCAUGGCGACAAGCAGCAGCAGCUGUUGCCCAAGGCAGUAGACGCUCUCAGCCAAGUUGACAUCUCCCAGGUGGCAUGCGGGCAGGAUAUUACGGUGGCGCUCACACCAUCAGGCCAUGUGUACGCCAUGGGGUCAGCAGCUCAUGGGCAGCUAGGGAACCCCCAAGCGGAUGGCCACACUCCAGCCCUUGUGUCUGGGCCUCCAUUAUUCAAUCAGAUCGAGCAGAUAGCAUGCGGCACGCACCACACAGCAGCGCUCACAGCAUCAUCGGACCUCUUCACAUGGGGUCAGGGCAGUCACGGGCAGCUGGGGCAUGGGGACGUGCGGGACAGGGAGGUUCCUACGAGAGUUGAAGCCAUCAAAGACCAACGCGUGCUCUCGGUGUCCUGUGGGCCAGCGAGUACAGCAGUGGUGUGUCAGCACAGACACGCACAGGGCUCAGACCACCACCACUGCACGCUCUGCCGCCAGGCCUUCUCCUUUGCCCGCAUCCGCCACCACUGCUACAAUUGCUCCCUCCCCGUCUGCCACGCCUGCAGCCCCCGCAAGCUGCUAGGAGCGGCUAUGGCCCCGACUCCUACCCGCCCCUACCGUGUGUGUGACGCGUGCUUUAACAAGAUGAUGGAGCCUUGGGAUUGGAGGCAGCAGGGGGGUGCGGUGGGGAGCGGUGAGGCGCGGUGGAGAAAGGCGAAGGAGGAGGCAGACAAGGAGAUACAGAGACUGAGAGAAGAGCUACGAGCGGUGAAAGUGAGGAGUGCGGAGGUGGAGAGGGAGCGGCAGGCAGAGAGGCGUCUAGCGAGCAAGCAGGUGGAGGCAGCCUUCUCAGCUGCCAGCAGAGCCGCUGCUCGUGCUGCUGGCGCUCGUGAUGUCAUCCAGCUGCUCUCUCAGCAGCUCACCACUCUCUCUCAAGGUCUCCCUCAGGGCAGCACCAAGCAAGUCAGCCUCGCAGUGACCUCCCUGCCAGCUGCCGUGGUCUAUACAGGCCCACUCCUCUCCUCCGCCUCCAUCCCUCCAACCCUAACGGAGCUCCCUCCUCAGCAAGUUACCAGCAGCACUGCCGCUGGGUCGGCUUCAGGACAGGCAGUAGCUGAAGAGGUGGCAUGUGGGGAGGGGGCACGUGGGGAGGGGGCACGUGGGGAGGGGGCACGUGGGGAGGAAACAUGUGAGGAGGGGUUAUGUGGGGAAGAAGUACGCAGGGAGGCAGCUGGUGGGGCUGAUUGCGUGGGUGCUACCAGUGACUCUUCUCUAUCCAUGGAUAUGGCUGGUGCAAAUGGCAGCAGCAUGGGGGUCGCUUUGAAUCCCAAUAAGAGCUCACCCGUUUCAAGCACUAGUACAGAUACAAGAACGAGCACAGGUGUGGGUGCAGACAGUGCGUGUGCUGGUAGCAGCAGCACAGGCAGUGGCAGCUUCGAGGGGAGGGUAAGCGGGGGCAGCAGCAGCAGCAGCAGCAGCAGAGGCAGCAGCAGCAGCAGCAGCAGCAGCGGCAGCAGAAUCAACGACGGCAGUAGUGGUGGCGGCAGCGGUAGCAAGAACUCCAGAUUGUUGAAACGCAAGGUCACUCCACGGACAGCGGCAGCAGCAGCAGCCGCUGCUGCAGCAGCAGGGCUACAGCCACUAACAACCAAUUUCUCCUUCAACUCCUGGAGUUCCCGGGACUGGACCAGAUCUAAAUCCCCUUCUGGUGCCGCUAAUGCCACCGCAGCUGUAGCAGCAGGGAUAGCUGGGAGGGACGGUGAGUCUGUGGCAGCUGCUGCGGCUGCUUUGGCUGCACUGCGGGUGGAGGAAGAGUUAGAGGAAUGUUCUGAGGGAUGGGAAGGAGAACCGGACGUGGCAGAAGUAGCAGCAGAAGCAGAGGUGUCAGAAGCAACGAACAGUGCAGAAGCAGCAGAAGCAGCAGAUGCAUCCCAUGCAGCGGAAGCCUCAGGCAAGGUGGAAGGCAGUAGGUUGAAUGGUUUAUCUGCAGAUGUUGAAGGAAAUAGUUGCCUUGUGCUGGAAGGGGCAACUCAGGAGGAGGCAGUUCAGCGGGACGAAGCACGAAAGGAGAGAGGAGGAGGGGAUGGGGAAAGUGAGAAUGAGAUUUCUUCAGACUCCCCAUACCCUUCGUCUCAGUCAGUGCCUGAAGGAAAAUCUCCUUCAGACUCGUCAAACAUCUCUAAACCCACCAGAAAUUCCAACAAGUCUUGGUCCUUCAGAAGCGCUGUGGGCAUGCCUUGGAGCCCUGUAGGUGGGGCAGAUGAAAACAUUGACUCUCCCAGGUCGCAGUGGUUCGGGCAGGUGAAUAAAGGCGCUGGGAAGUCAGGUUUGGGGGGAAUCCCUUCUGGGGCAGCUGUGGGAGGUACAGGGCAGGGGCCUGACUUUUGGGCAGCAUCAGGAGAGGAGAAUUCACAUGACGAUGCUUUAGCUGAUGUGGCUGAAUGGGAGGGUGAGGAGGCAGAGGAGAGAUUUGCUGUUGGCAGGGAAGGGUUGGAGGAGGAAAGAGGGCCAGGAAUGGGAGUGGCUGGUGAGGAGGAGGAUGGGGAGGAGGCAGGGGAAGAAGAGGUGGAGGAAAGAAAGGAUGGGAGUGGUGGGAUGGGAGCUGCAAACGAGCAGGUGGGUGCUGAUGCUGUGAUUCGGAAAGGGGUUGUUCAAACUGGGAGGGUGACAAGCAUUGGGAUCCCUCCUGUUUGGAACGGGAUCUGUGAAAUGACCCCCAGACCGCAGCGGCCUGCUAGCAGGUUCGCAGUAGAUAGAGGUGCAGGAAAGGACAGUGCGGUUGUUGCUGCUGUGAUGGGUGGUGAGGAGAGGGGGAACGGGCAACUGAGUGCUGAUGGGUUGGACGGGAAGUGUUUAGCACGAGAGGGAAGUGAGGGUUCAGGCGAAGCUUCAUUUGGAAGGAUUACGGAGGAUGGUUCUGGUAUGCUUCUUGCAGCAUCGGACUUGGACGAAAAUGCAGCAGAAUCAAGUCCAGAGGAGAAUUAUUCUGCGGGGUGUUUAGAGGAGGGUUAUACGAGCUAUGCCGGUCCAGCCAGUGAUGCACCAGGCCAGCACCAGUAUGUAGAUGCAGUGAGGAGUGCGGACGACUGUGUGGGGGCAGGUGAAGAAGAGGCGAGCUGUGGCUGGCAAUAUGUGCCCUGUGGGAUGAGCCGGGGCGAGACGUGGAGUGGUGAUAGGGAAGAGAAUGCUGGGGGUGAGGGGAGCGUUGGGAAGGAGGAGAAUGUGACUGGGGAGGAGAGAGCCUACAUGGAGGGGAGUGCUCGGGGAGAGGAGAUUACUGGUAGGGAGGAGAGUGCAAGCAGGGAGGAGAGACAUGGGAGGAAGCACAGGAGCAGGAAGCUGGGGGAUGGGGAGUGGGUGGAACAGCCAGAGCCUGGGGUGUAUGUGACUCUGGCAAAACUGCCUGGAGAAGGGACUGAGCUUCGUCGAAUCCGGUUCAGCCGCAAGGUUUUCAUGGAGAAGCAAGCAGAAACAUGGUGGGCGGAAAACAAGGCAGCGGUAACUGCCAUGUACCAUAUAAUCAGCACGGCAAAGAAAACGGUGGAAGACCAUAGCAUUGAGAAUCAUGGCACCUCUCGCAACGCAGAGCCGUCGUGGGGAAACACGGACUCGUCCAGUGGCUUCCCAGAACGAAAACGCUGUACCCGCUGCAGGGAAGGGUAUGACAAAGCUCCUGUAAAAGUCGGGGAUGUUCCGAAAGCAGCAUUAAAAAAGGCGGCUCCUCAGGCUCGGCCAACAAAACCACCUACUCCGGCAUGGCGUCCGGCUGGAACUUCGAAAGGUCUCUUCGAGAAGACACGUCUUCCUACCACACGAAGCAAUGUACUGCGACGCAGCAGCAGUUCUGCUCCUGUUGCCGCUCGUUCCAGCAACGCGACUGUCAUUCGAAGGUCAUCAACGACUGCAAUCAGUGAUCCUUCAAAGGGCGCACCAGCAGCGACCAUUGAUAGUGCCGAUCUCACUUAUCACCUCACAGCGGCUGUUCAAGAAGACAAUGUAACGGAUCAUUUCACUGCUGUUCAUGACAAAGAUGUCGCUGAUGACGUUGCUGCAGAGGUCCAUGAAGAGAAUGCUGCUGAUUCCGUUGCUGCAGCUAUCCAUGAAGAUGUUGCUGAUCAAGUUGAAGCAGCAAUCCAUGAAGAGAAUGUCGCUGAUCACUCUACUUCUGCUGUUCAUGACGAAGAUCUCCCUGAUCACAUUACGGCUCCAAUCCAUGAGGACAAUGUCGCCGAUCAUCUUAUUGCUGCUGAUUCUCACAGUGUGAAGGCAACUGAUUUGGACACGCAGGCGGUGACACAACUCGCAUCCAAUCACGAGAAAGCAACAAACGAAGUGACUCGUUAUGUUUUCCAGCGAAGGGAUAGUGCUGGUCAUUGUGCAGGGAACAACGCUGGUCCUGGGAGGCACAUCUUGACCAUGACGAAGCAGCUCAUUGAGAAUACGCUGGAAGUAAAAGUGGAGUCAUGUUGGGAUAUCGAUGCUCAAGACCGUGAGAAUCCGCUUGCUGAGACUACUUACGUCGCUGACAUCUACAACCAUUACAAGAUGACGGAGAAGGAGGGAAUGGUUUGCCCCACUUACAUGUCUGCUCAACCCGAAGUCAACAGUCGCAUUCGAGGCGUUGUGCUAGAUUGGGUGGUUCAGGUCCACGAAUCCUAUAAUCUGAUGCCAGAAACACUCUUUUUGGCUGUCAACAUCUUCGACCGCUAUCUUGCUACCACUCAUGUACUUAAGAAGCACAUUCAGCUGGUUGGAGCAACCUGCAUCAUGAUUGCUGCGAAAUACGAGGAGAUUUACCCUCCCCUUGUUGCUGACUUCGAAGAUAUUGGAGCUGGCGCCUACACGCGAGGACAGAUACGGAUGAUGGAGAAGCAGAUAUUGAACACAAUAUCGUUCAAGCUGAGCAUCCCAACAUGCUACAUGUUCGCUGCUCGUUACCUAAAUUUCGCCAAGGCUGCAGCUGAUGCCGCCACAGCUUCAAAAGCAGUUUCCAAUGGGUGGAGCAUCGAAGUGUCAAAGGGAACCAGCAGUCGGGUGCAUGCAUUUGCAUGGUACCUUCUGGAGCUGACCAUUCCAGAAAUCAACAUGGUUCAGUUCAGUCCGUCCCAUCUUGCUGCUGCAGCAGUAUACACUGCUCUGCUUGGAGCCUAUCAAAAGGGAAAGGCAGCCAAGUCAACUAAUCCAGAGAGCAGCCAGACCAUCACGCACAGGAGGCCAACCAAUGAAGGUGAAAUUUGGGGAUCACGCAUGGCCGACUUGACCGGUUUUGAAGCUCAGGAGCUUUGGCACUGUGUGGGGCUGUUGCUGGAGUUAUACAAGACAGCUCUGUCGAGUCGCUGUGGUGCGGUGUAUAAGAAGUACAAGGGGAAGAAGUUCCUGGAAGCCGCCACCUAUCCAGCACCACAAUCAGCGGACAUUGAUGCGUUAUCCUCAGACCAGGGUUCGGAAGGUUGUGAGAAGUAG